AUGGCUAAACAAAACAUCUCAAACCAAAGCGACAGAGGCGUACACAAGAGCGCGCAACGACCGUCGUGCUUUAGCUCUUUCAGCUCUACAUCGAGCAUCACAUUCAAAAUUAGGCAUAGCGUAGUGGCCUUCCAGGAAAAGAUACGAUCAUUAGAUAGUAGGCGAAUACAGCAGAAGCACCAGCAGGCAGCCGUCCCCUGCUCCAAGCUCCUUACCCUCCCAUUCGAAAUUCGUCUUAUGAUAUACGACUACGUUUUUACUGCACGCGAUGCUACCUACUCUGAUAUCCGUCUUGUUUCUUCCCAGAAUAUCUAUCCAAAUGUGUUCUGGAAUGCCAAGAUGCCACGCGGAUAUUAUAUCAAAGGUCAUCCUUGUAUAGGCGAGGAAAUGCUCGAGUUUACAAGAGCUUCCUCAGGCUUAGCUGCUCUAAACACCGAAGGUAUUGCGAUUGGCAAACGACACGAGGACGUAGAUAUACUAUACCAAGAGGCCCAGCUUGGGGUAAUGGCUUUGAUGCUGACCUGUCGUGCGCUAUACCACGAGAUGCUUGACAUUUUCUACGCGCACCGGACCUGGCAGUUCAACGACCUUGACACUCUCGUCAUUGCUGCGGAACAUAUCCCGAUGCGACAUUUUAACAAUAUCCGCUCUCUAUACCUUAACGCAAGCCACCUCCCUCGAUAUGCAGAUUUUACAGGCUACAUUUGGGGCUUACCCCGCGAGUAUCAACAAAGGUUUAGACACUUGGCUCCUCCCUCAAGGUCGCUGAUAUCGCGCAUAUCGCGUGCUAUCGAUACCAGAUUGGUUGACACCGGAGACAUUCGCAAAUGGCAGGCAGUCUGUGAUAUAAUAGCUCGGAUGGAGUCGCUUAAGAAACUGCGAAUAACCUUGUGUGAGCAAGCUUUCAUUGUGGUAUUAGAGAGCAGACGACCAAGUGUACAAAUCACGAAGGAGUCAUUCGUGUUCGCUCCGUUGACUGAGAUUGGGAAGAGAAGAGACCUAGAGGUAUUCGAGGUCCAGGUUGACUGGCCUGUCGGCGAUGACGAUGCGUGGUCUGACGAAGCAGAGAAGGGGUUUAAUUUGAUCAGGCUUGCCGGGGAGUCGCAUCCAGGACUGCAAUAA